AUGACGACAGACAAUGAGAACGAGCAACAGCAGAAAGUGCAGGUGCGAUUCAGAAGUAGAGAGUCUAGGUACUCUGUCACAACAGCUCCCAUUCUUGUUCCAAUUGGCGUCAAGAGAAUCGGACUAUCAAGCAUUGUAAACCAGCUGCUGAAUUCAGACAAUCCAGAACCAACAGAAAAAACAAUCCCAUUCGACUUUCUAAUCGAAAACAAGUUUCUACGAACAUCAUUGUCCGAAUACCUUGAUGCAAAUGCCAAAUCUACGGAAAGCAUUCUCGAAAUCGAGUAUUUGCCAGUCCAAUCACCACCAUCACCAUCCCACUCGUAUCCACAUCCAGAUUGGAUUGCUUCGAUACGAUCUACAGAUGAUCUGGUGUUGACGGGAUGUUUUGAUGGGAAGGCGAGGUUGUGGGAUUAUAGUGGGAAUAGUUUGGCGAUACUUGAUUGUGGGAAGCCUGGGAAGGGGAUUAAAGCUGUUGGUUUUGUCAAGAGGAAGGAAGGGUUGGUUGCGUUAGCUGGUGGUGUUGAUGGUGAGAAAAUUGGUGCAUGGCAGAUAUCUGGUCAGACUGCCACCAAGCUAUACGACGCAAUUGGUCAUCGCGGUGCUAUAGAGUCGCUGGACGUAUCGCCUUCUCACAGUCAUUUCGCUUCAUCAUCAUGGGACGGCAAAAUACUAUACUGGACGACGGAACGUCCAACAGAUGAAGAUGACGAAGAAGACGAAGCAGAAAAUACCAAAUCCGGCCAAAAGAGAAAACAACCGCCAACAUCACGUCCAGCUCCUAUAAAAACACCGCUCUUGACAUUAGAGGGACAUAUCGGAUGUGUCUCGGCAGUUGCAUUCCGUCAAGGGAGUGAAGAAAAUAUCUUGUAUUCAGGUGGUUGGGAUCAUUCUGUUCGUGUGUGGGAUCUAGUUGGUAGAUCAAACACUCUUUCUAUGUCGUGUGAAAGUGUAGUCUCCGCUUUAGCACACUCUGCCAAUUCAGGGUUGAUUGCUACAGGUCACUCUGAUAGUCUUGUAAGAUUAUGGGAUCCUAGAUCUCAAGAUGGUGUUGCAGUCAAACUGAAACUGAAAUCACACAAGGGAUGGGUAUCUUCGGUAUCGUGGUCGCCAUCUUCUUCGCACAUGUUGGCUUCUACAUCAUAUGAUUCUACUGUCAAAGUGUGGGAUGUGAGAUCCACUACUCCUUUAUACACGUUGGCCGGUUCACAAGACAAGAGCAUGAAGCUGUUUGCCCUUGAAUGGAAUGAUCGUGUUAUUAUGACGGGUGGGGAGCAAGGGGAGCUGAAAACUUGGGAGUUCUGA